UCUCCUGUUUGUUUCUCUCCAUCCCCUCUGACGGUGGCUCUUUCAAUUUGUGGGUAUAUAUAUUAUACAAACGCUGUCUCUGGGUUUUGCUUGCUUAUAGACUGGUUCUAGAGGUUUUACAGAGGUAGAGAAAUGGAGAGAAAGAAGCAACUAGGUUCUUCAUCUUCCUCUUCCUCUUCCUCUUCUUAUUCUUCUUCCUCUUCCUUCGCGUCUGAGCUGUUUGGCUCCAAGGACUCUCUUUCGCCAUCGGCUGGGAUUUUCGGUUCUAUCUUUGCGCCCUCCGCUAAGGUUUUUGGUAGGGAGUCGUUGCGCUCUGAAGUGGUUGGUAAGAAGCUGGAUUCUGCAAAUGAGCCCUACAACACCAAAACUGGAGUUUCUGGUGAUACCUCUAAGACCGGUGGAAGUGAAAUUCAAAGCGCUCAGAACAGUGAUGCGAGUGCCUACUAUCAGGAGCAGAGAGUAUUGCAACCAUGUCAUCUCAGUUCGUCCAUCUACUAUGGUGGCCCAGACAUUUGUGCUAACCCAGAAAGUACUCAAGGCUCUACCUACAAGAAAGAUGGGGGAGAAGAUGAUUCAGGGAGUGCUUCAAGAGGAAAUUGGUGGAAAGGAUCUCUCUAUUAUUAAGAGUUCAGUUGCUGAGGCAGUGAGGUUAUAGUUAUCAAGGUA